AUGCCUUUGCUCGUGACCGACUACUCGUGGACACAAACAGAAACAAUGGUACACGUUAAUGUGCCUCUAAAAGGAGCCAAAGUUGGGAAGGUGGACAUCAUCUCUUCAGACGAGUACCUGAAGGUGCACUACCCUCCAUUCCUGUUUGAAGUAUUCCUCUUUGAACCCAUAGACAAUGACAGAAGCACAGCGAAGGUGGGAAAUGGAGUCGCGAUCCUUAGCUUGUCAAAGAGAACCAAUCAAAUGUGGGAACAACUGAUGAUGACAUCAUGUGAUAAAGAAACAAAGAAGCAGAUCAGACAGCAAGCACUACUGAAACAUCAGGAAAAGCUUUUGUCAGAGUCUCAAUCCAAGGCAGAGAAAAAGAGAGCCGAGGACACCUAUUUAAUUGAGACAAUGAUGAAGCUGGAAAGGGAGGAAGCAAAAAAGAUCAGGAAGAUGAAGGAUGCUGAGUGCGAGAGGACCACAGCAGAACUGGAGGCGUGGCAGCCGAGCUGCAACAAAACAGAAGAGGAUGAAAACAAAGCGAAAAACAACGUGAAGUCAUCAGGAAGUAGAAAUGUAGAACUCAAUCAAAGAGGAAGCACAGCGGCCAAGUGCAAGAAACAACAGGUGCAUCCUCCUGCUCUGAGACGCCCGGGCAAUAUUCAAGUCACAUUUACUCCACGAGUUUUCUCAACACCACUCAGGGAAUCCAAAGUGCAGGAGGAGGAAGAGUGGCUGAGAAAACAAGCUGAAGCCCGACGCAUACUCACAGCAGAUGCUGAAGAGCUGAAGGAGCUGAAAGAUGAAGAGAGGAACCCCGACUGGCUGAAGGACAAAGGAGACAAAUGUUUUAUGAAGGGGGAUUAUUUGAGUGCGUUGAAUGCUUACAGCUUGGCCAUUAGGCUCAACAGAAAGAUGUCUGCUGUGUUCUCAAACAGAGCGGCAUGUCAUCUGAAGUUAGGGAACCUGGACAAGGCCAUCGAGGAUUCCUCUCAGGCCCUCGACCUGUUGACUCCUCAUGUGGCUGCCAACGCAGAGGCCAGAGCCAGAGCUCACGUCCGCAGAGGAGCGGCGUUCUGUGAGCUGCAGCUCUACGUCGAAGGGCUGUGGGACUAUGAAGCUGCUCUAAAGAUUUACCCUGACGAUGAAUCUCUGCAGUCAGAUGCACAGAAGAUACGAGGCAUCAUUCAAGGAGCAGCAGCAGCGGCACCUGACAAGCAGUGAGAAACAGAGACUCCCAGAGAUGCUGACUUUCCUUGGAAGUGGCGAUUUUGACGCAUUUAUCCAAUCACCAUCACCACGUUUUUAGUUCUGAAUACAACAGUAUGUUAUGUUAUUUGACCAUUUAUUUUAUGA